UCGCCCAAUCAUCUAACGUCCUCAAUUGGCGCGAAAACUUUCGUUUUCUAAGUUAAAACCGUCAAUCGAUUCGCGAGCGAAUCAAAGUCAUCUGUUGACUUAACGGUUUUAUUUGUGUUUUACCGAAUUAGUUCGAUUCGAUCGACUCGCCCCACGUUGAAAAUGCACUUAUAAAGGCUGGAGAAAGCACUGCGCUCGCAGUCUCCGCUUAACCGCCGCGCGUACCGUGUUCCCGCGCUUUUUUGACGUUUAUUUUUUUAAUUUAUACUUUUUAAUCAGUGUUGCAAUUCCACGGAUUCGUUUCAUCACAUUAAAAUGGAUAUAAGGUGGUGUUUAUUCCUGGCGCUGGUAGCGCUGGCGGCGCGCGCGCACGCCGCCGAGGAGGAGGAUCGCGUGCCCGACAUGGGCAUUGAGGACGAAGAGGAAGAUGAGGUCGCUCUGGACCAGGAGGAAACGCGGAAUCUCCGGCCCCGCGCCUACUCGCCCGGCGCCUUCUCAAACACUGUUCCUGCCGGGUUUAGACCCACGCCGUCUUUAGCUGAGCUGGCUGGAUACCAGCAGAGACAGCAGCCUCAAGAGCAGGAGGCGUACAUCGUGCAGCGGCAACAGCAGUAUCAAGAAGAGAGGCAGCAGAGACCAGCGCCUCAGCGCAAGCACCCGCAACAAGAUCAACACCAAAGGCUCCAGCAGCAGCAAGAAGUAGAAGAGGAACUCGAAGAAGAGAAGGAGGAGCCUGACCGUCUCCAAGCCUUACUCGCGCAGUCCAAGUUCGACUGCGGCAACAAACAGUCCGGGUACUACGCUGAUGAGGAGCUCAACUGCGAGGUGUUCCACUACUGCCAGGAUGCCGUCAAGCACUCCUGGAUCUGCCCUGAGGGAUUCUCCUUCCAUCAAGUCCACCUGAUCUGCAUGCCGCCAACCCACGACAACACCUGCAAGGGGUCAUCCAAGUACCACUUCGUGAACGAGUACCUGUAUAAGCCCAUAAACGAGGAGGAGGUACAGCGCAAGCCCAACGUGUCGCUGAGGUACUCCGACCGGUAUUACCCCGCUGAGGUGUACAGGGACGACCGGUACGACGGCGAAGACGAGGAAGAGGUAACGGAGGAAGCCCCCCGCCGCCACGCCCCUCAGCAGCUGCAGCAGCUGCAAGAGCGUCCAGCACAGCGGCAGCACCAACCCCAAGUGUUCCGCUCCGCCGAGGAGGUCAACAUCCCGCUAGUCCAGAGGCGCCCGCAGCGACCCUACGACUUCGACUUCUAAACCGCCUGCUGGCCAGAACUUAGCUGUUUAAAGUAGCUA